UAAUCUCGAGAGUCAGUCUAGCUGAUCGGUGGUGUCUUGGGGAAACUGUCUCAUCGUUAUUAGUGUUACAGAGAGACAGCGGCACGAGACCAAGCGGAAUUUUAAUUAAAAUAAUUUCUGAAGAUAAUAUUGAUGCAUGCUUUCAUUUGCACGAGCUGGAGAACUUUUUUGCCGAGGUCUUCAAUCCUAUCAAACCGCAUCUCUCACUGAAAGACUGAGACGACCAUUUGGUGAAAACAGAAAAUGUGUGCGGAAGACGGAGAGUGGUAAACUGUUCAGUGAAAAUACCAACAAACAAACAAACUACGUGUUGCGUCGUCAGCACUCGAGAAAAAGGAAAUGUCUGCUGUUACUGAGUUACUCUGCUCGACUUUCCUGUUUGUUGUGUUUGCCUGUGCAGACCAGAAAACCAUCACAAGUGAGUCUGGACAGAAAGUCACUCUGACAUGUCGAGCUCCAAACAACAACAUCAUAGUUGUAAAGUGGAACAGAACUGACCUGGGAGAUAAAUAUGUGCUUUUUUACCAGGAUGAACAAUUUGAUCCAGACAUGCAGCAUCCAUCUUUUAAGAACCGGGUGGAUCUGCAGGACAGACAGAUGAAGGAUGGAGACGUGUCUCUGAUUCUAAAGAAUGUGACGACUGCUGAUAGUGGAACAUACAAGUGUUAUGUUGUUCAGAGAGUAAGAGAGCCUUUGAGCCUGAUCAGCAUCAUCAACCUGAUUAUUUAUCCUGACCCGAAAAACAUCACAGCUGAGUCUGGACAGAAUGUCACUCUGCCAUGUCGAGUUACAAAUGACAACAACAAAAUCAUAGCUGUAGAGUGGAGCAGACCUGACCUGGGAAAUAAACAUGUUCUUUUGUACCAGGAUGGUCACUUUGAUCCAUAUUAUCACAAUGAGCGGUUUGAUCUAGAUCACCAGCAUCCAUCUUUUAAGAACCGGGUGGAUCUGCAGGACAGACAGAUGAAGGAUGGAGACGUGUCUCUGAUUCUGAAGAAUGUGACGAUUAAUGACACUGGGACAUACGAGUGCCGUGUCUUCAUGGAAGAAACACGCUCAUGGAAGAACAGCAUCACUGGCACCAUCAAUCUGACUGUUGUUUUUCCUCCAGGUCAGCGAGGAGGAGACACAGAGAAUCGAUUUGUUGGACUGAUAGUUUCUGGUCUGCUUAUUGCUGUUGCUGGAUUUUUGUUUUGUUUUGUUUUAAAAAAAACUGUUAAAGUAUCCUGAACAUCUAGCAGACAUAGAUGUCAAACAUCUAUAAUGUGAUUUUCUUUCUCAUUUUCUUUCUCAAUCAAUCAAUCAAUCAAUCAAUCAAUCAAUCAAUCAAUACAUUUAAAAACAACACAGGUUGACCAAAGUGUACAAAAUAAAAAGUAAAACAAACACACACAAAGAGGACAAAACAAACAGUCAGUCACAAUUAAAUGCUAGUGAGUAAAGAUGUGAUUUCAGACGGGAUUUAAAAAUAAGGUGUUGGGGAGAUCCUAAGACUGUUCCAAAGUUUAGGCAAUAGCAAAGGCCUGAUCUAGUCUGUUUUUUAGCCUGCUCCUAGGACAACUGGAAGCAACUUAACAGAUGACCUGAGAGUCCUAUUUGGAGUAUUUUUAUUUAAAAGAUCAGAGAGGUAUGAGGUCUUUUAAGGCUCAUCCAGUUAGAGACUUAAAAGCAAGAAAUAAAAUCUUCAAAUCAAUUCUAGAAUGUACUGGAAGCCAGUGUAAACGAGCCAAGACGGGAGAAAUAUGGUUGCAUUUACGAGUGCCUGUCAAGAGUCAGGCUGCAGCAUUCGGAAUAACUUGAAAUUAGAGAGCAGAGCCUGGCUGAUACCAAAAAAAGACUAUUAAAGUAAUCAAGCCUGGAUGAAAAAAAUGCAUGUGUCACUUUCUCUAAGUCAGCAGACGACAAAAUGUUCUCAGUUUCUCAAAUGAAAGCCUGCCAUCAAAGAACAUUCUCAGAUUUUUUACAGACUUUUCCAGAGGACCAAAGUUACCAUAAAGAGAAGAACGAGGGUCAGAAUGUCCAAAUAGUACAAUCUCAGUUUAUUUAUCAUUUGCAUUCAAAAAAUGUAAUGCCAACCAUUAUAUAAUUUCAUUGAGGCAUUCUUGCAAAACUCAUAAAGAGACUGUAGAAUUCUUUUUAAGAGGAAAGUAGAUUUGAAAAUCAUCAGCAUAACAGUGAAAUGAGACUUCAUGUUUCCUGAAAAUAGAGCCUAAUUGGAGCAAAGUACUGGGCCAAGGAUAGAUCCUUGAGGGACUCCACAUGUAAAGGGGGUGGAUGUGGAUGAAGAGCCACCAGAAAAACGAUCUACACCAUUCAAGUGCAGUUCCCUAAUACCCACACAGCUCUCCAGUCUUUACAGUAGAAUCCCAUUAUCCACGCUCUCAAAUGGCAUACUCAGAUCUAAAAGCACUAAAAUGGAAGAGUUACCAGAGUGAGCAAUUCUGGUUUUUAAUGAAAAUAAAAGAUAAUUAAAAACUUUUAAAAGCACCGUUUCAGUGCUAUGUAGUACUUUGAAACCAAACUGAAAUGUUUCUGAGAUGCCAUUAUUUUCCAGAAAAGCCUGAAGCUAAGUAAAACAUUUUUUUCUAUGAUUUUGGACAAGAAGGGGAGUUUGGAGAUUGGUCUAAAAUUUAAGAGAACUUGUUGGGUCUAACACUUAAACUCUGCUGACUCAAAGACCAAUCAUUUGUGUACAAAACAAGACCACACACAGCUCAGUCAGUUUUUACUUGCUGGGGAGUCCAAGCUCUUCACCUGCCUUUUCUUUAGUUGACAUUGAUCUUUUUGAGCUGAAGCGUUUGCAUGAUCUUUCAUUCAAUCGAACUUAUGAAAUCUUACAUUUACAAAUGGUUAUGAGAUUACACGAAGUUAAAGACUGAUGUAGCACCACAGAUUGAGUCCCAACACAUUUUCUAAAAAAGAUUAUUAAGGUAGUCGGCCCAGACAUUUAACCCGACAUUUUAACUGUUUUUAAUAGUAGUCUUAGCUCUGGAGUAGUACCAACUGGAUUCAAGUACGCUGUAGUGCAGCCAGUACUAAAAAAAAACUGAACCUUGACUCUUCUUGCUAAUUUUAGACCUAUUUCCAAGCUUUCUGUCAAAAAUUCUAAAAUAGAUUGUAUUUGAGCAGCUACAAUCCUUUCUAAAUAGUCCGAGAAGUUCCAGUUGGGCUUCAAAACCCACCACAGUACAGAAACUGCCCUCCUAAAAAUACUUAAUGAUAUUUUAUUAAUUAAUCAACUGUGCUCCUGCUUCUAGACUUAACUGCAGCAUUUGAUACUAUUGACCACAGCAUUCUGAUCUCCCGUUUGGAGCAAUGUGAUAUCACAGGUAUCCCUUUGGAACGGUUUAGGUCUUACCUCUCCGAGAGGACUUUUUAUUUCUUCCCCAGCUCCUUUUACUUGUGUUGUCCCGCAGGGUUCCGUAUUAAGCCCAAUUCUCUAUUCAAUCUAUAUGUAACCCCUACGCCUAAUCUUUACGAAGCAUAACAUCUGCUUUCACUCCUAUGCCGACGACACCCAGAUUUAUCUUCGGUUUAAUAAACACCUCCACUCCCAUGGAAUCGCUAGUCAAAUGUCUUAACGAAGUUAAAACCUGGAUGGCCUCAAAUUUUCUUACCUUCAAUGAGGAUAAAACUGAAGUAAUUACUUUUGGACCAAGCUGUAAUUUGAAUGCCUCAGAUUUGGAUUUAUAUAACUCAACAUCUGCUGUCAAAACACAGGAAAAAUCUGUGGUUUUUCUUGGAUAACAAAGUUACAUUUGAGAAACAAAUUAAUUCAGUUGUUCAGCUGUCCUUCUUUAAAUUAAGGCUCCUAUCCCAGGUGAGGUCAUUUUUAUCCUUUAAAACCUUGGAACGAGCAAUCCGUGAAUUCGUCUUAUCUCAACUGGAUUACUAUAAUUCACUAUACGUUGGUGUCAGUCAGUCCAGCUUGGCAUGGCUCGAACUUGUACAAAACGUUGCAGCCCGCCUUUUGACUGUGUGAAGAGACAUCAGCAUAUUACUCUGGUGCUUGCUUCCCUUCACUGGCUUCCAGUGCAUUUUAGAAUUAAAUUUAAAAUCUUACUUUUGAGUCAUAAAGCACUAAAUGGCCAGGUACCAGAAUAUUUGUCUGACCUUUUGUAGCUUUAUAUGCCCUCUAGAGCCCUUCAGUCAAGUGAUCAUUUACUCCUUACCUUACACAAGUCUAGGAUGGUUCAUAGUGGGGAUCGGGUGUUUGCGGCUGUGGCGCCGAAAAUGUGGAACAAUCUACCUCUCCGCAUUAGAAAGGUCCCAAUUGUCACUCUUUUUAAAUCGCAUCUUCAAUUCAAUUCAAUUCAAUUCAAUUUUAGUUAUAUAGCUCCAAAUCACAACAAAAGCUUUAUAUUGUACAGUAGAUACAGAGA